AACAUAUUUAAUGAAGCCAAACACCAAAAUGUUAACACACUUUCCUGGAGAGAAAAAGGCUAAGAUUUCUUUUACUCAAAGAAUUCCACCUACAGGCAUUCGGCAGACCAGCAUGGCUUCCUUCUUUACCGUGCAGCCAGGAAAGAUGAAUGAUGGUGACCAGAGGAGUGUUUCCUCUCAUAUAGAAAGUCAACAAAAGUCUGAGAAAGAUGCAGCCCAUCUAGAUCAUCUGAUCCAGGGCUUGGAGGACGAGUGUAUGUCACCCCCAUUAGCCACUUCAACCCCUGCAGAUACCCAGGAAGCUGGACUUUCUCUUCAUUCCCUCCAGGCUUCUGACCACCACAGAAUGGGAACUUCGUUUUGGACUAUGCUGUCUUUGCCCCAGCCUGACCCCUUGGUCUGUGCUGGAAAGAGCAAAGCCUCAUUCUCUUGUUCCUUCGCUCAGAACUUGGAAGGUCCUUACUUGCUGGACCAACAGGAAGGAGAUAAAGACUCUUUCUGGAAAAGGGAAUGGCUUCAUGGAUCUAAGGAAAAAAACUAUCAGGAUGUGGAGAGACGCAUUCAACCACCGGGGGGCAAAGGCCUUCAGUCCUUGGACAAGAUUAAAUUGGGAAAGGUGUCUGCCCGAGAAACCAGGCAGGACCCCAUCCUCCUUCAAACAUUCCAUUCCCGGAACGGAGAAAACACAGACUUAGUGAAACAAAGCCCUUGUCCUGUCCCUGCGUUUUCCUGGGACAGUGAAAAGAAUGACUCCUGGAGUCAGCUUUUCACUGAGGAUUCUCAGGGCCAGCGGGUCAUUGCCCACAACUCUAGAGCUCCUUUCCGAGAUGUAACGAACAAUCAGAAUCGGGACUUAGGGCAGUUGCACAAUAGCUCUUGGGCUCAGUGCCAGGAGAGGCCAACUCAGUUAAAUCUGCAGCCUGAUUUGCUCUUUACCCAGGACUCUGAAGGUAAUCAAGUUAUCAGCCACCAAGUCUAAAUACCUUGAUGAUGGUUUGGUUCUAGAAGUACCUUGAGAUGACAGAGCUAUAGGAAAAUAUUGGGCGGGAGGGCAGCGGAGGGAGGCGAGGGAUGAAGUUAUUAUUGAGCAUUUCUUUGUGUAAAUAAACCAGGUGGU